UCUAGGAAGAUCUCUGGGUACAAUUAUGAACACGAUGUAUGUGACAAUGGCUCAAAUCUUAAGAUCUCAUCUGAUAAAUGUUUCAAUGAUAUCUAAUAGAAUGAAAAUGCUCCCAUAUCUUGGUGUCAUUAGAAAUAGAAUGAUGUCAACUCAUAAAUCCAAAAAGAAGAUGAGAGAAUAUUAUAGGCAGCUAAAUCUGGAUGAAGGAUGCUCUGCGGAUGAUGUCAGGGAAUCUUUUCGUAAGCUUGCCAAGCAAUACCAUCCAGAUGGUGGCUCUAGUACUGCAGAUUCUGCAACAUUUAUAAGGAUCGAAGAAGCUUAUAGGAAGGUGCUUUCCCACGUGCUAGAACAAACAAAUGCCCAACAGAAUAAAGUUGGAGAAGCAGAGGAAGAAGACAAAUUCAAAUAUAAAACACCCCAACACCGGCAUUACUUAAGUUUUGAAGGUAUUGGUUUUGGAACUCCAAGUCAACGAGAGAAGCAAUAUAGGCAGUUUAGAGCAGACCGUGCAACUGAGCAAGUGAUGGAAUAUCAGAAGCAGAAACUACAAAGCCAGUAUUUCGUUGAUAGUUUGAUUGUUAAAGAUGUAAGACAGAGUAAAGAACAAAAGAUAACUCAAGCUAUAGAGCGUUUAGUAGAGGAUCUCAUUCAGGAAUCAAUGGCCAAAGGAGACUUUGACAAUCUCAGUGGGAAGGGAAAACCUCUAAAAAAAUUUUCUGGCUGUUCAUAUAUUGAUCCCAUGACUCACAACUUGAACAGAAUAUUGAUAGAUAAUGGAUACCAACCAGAAUGGAUCCUAAUGCAAAAGGAAAUAAAGGAUACCAUUGAUCAACUCAGAGAGGCGAUUUUAGUGUCAAGGAAAAAACUUGGGAAUCCAAUGACACCAACUGAACAGAAACAGUGGAGCCAAGUUUGUGAGCAGUUUCAAGAAAACAUCAGAAAACUAAACAAGCGAAUUAAUGAUUUUAAUUUAAUCGUUCCCCUCCUGACCAGCCAAAAAGUCCAUUUUGAUGCACAGAAAGAAAUUGCCAGAGCCCAGGAAGUAUAUGAAAGCCUUAUAAAAACAGAAGAAGUCACAGAUAAAAACCCAGACAACACUGAUCAGGGAGAAGGGGAGAAAACACCUGAAGUCAAGACAAGUUUUUUUAACUGGAUGAAUGUGUGGAAAUUUAUUAAAAUAUGACCACUUAAAUAUUCACAGUACUACCUCAAACCAUUUUCAUUUGUACUGACAUCACACUUAGAAGCUGAGAUUUAUUGCUGUAACAGAAGAGUCUGAGAACUGUGAGUCUCUGUACUUUUCACAAAACUAAUCACAUCUCCAGUGAUGUGUGAGUGAGAAAACU